GACAGAAUGUAUGACUAUUUUGUUCAUGGGUUUCAUACACCUUCAGUAAUAAAACAUCUAAAAGCAAAAAUCUUAUUAGAUGGGAGACCCUGAGACAAAAUCUUAUAAAAUGGGGGUCUUUGGUCUAAUUUGUGUCAGUUUAGGGGUCCUUGACUUGAAACAGUUUGAGAACCACUGUUUUAAUCACAUUAAACCAUUAAAAUGAGUGAUAAAAAUGAUCAACUCACCUUUACAUAAAUCUGUUUUCUAAAUUUCCUCAUCUCAGGUAAUUUUGUGUCAUAUUUGGUUCAAGAUCAAUUAGCUGUUGUGGAUAUUUCUGUUCUGAAUAAAGUGGUCAUCAGUCUAGAAACAUUUUCUCACUACAAGACAACUCUGCACAGCUAAAGGAAUUUAUAAAAAUAAAAGUCUCAUUUCAAAUGCAGGAGCCCUCAAACAGAAACAUAUGGAGCUAGGAUUUGAACCAAACCAGUGACCUCUUAAAAGUUAAGUCAGUCACACUGCCUUUACACGUUUUGCUUUCUAAUCGUUGGCUGCACGUUUAGCCAGGUAAACCCCCUAAGCUUCUCUGUGGGAAGGAGGUCAAGAAGCGAAGGAGAAACAGAACAGACAGGAGAGUGUGCAGCCUUUCACGACACAGUUGGAACACUAGUCAAAAGAGGACGAGAAGAGCUGUGUUGCUUUACUUCUUGUUUUUGUUUUCUUAACUUUUAGGACAGAGAAGCAAGCAUGUCCAAGGCAGGAGACAGAACCCCCUCAACAACUUCAGUUGAGUCAUCCGUGGCAGACAGCAAUUCUGCUAAAGGGUCUCCGGCAGGUUCAGUUUCUGAAACACCCAAGAAAUCAUCAAAGAAGUCCAAGAAAAACACUGAGAGUAUGAACAAAGUCUACAUAUCUGUGCUCAACAGCGUUUUUGGAGCGGAGAGAGAAUUAGCACAGGCUGAGUUAGAUGAGUUACAGGAGGCCUUUAAGGAGUUUGACUACGACCAGGAUGGCUACUUGAACUAUAAGGAUGUGGCUGAAUGCAUGAGGACCAUGGGAUACAUGCCCACAGAAAUGGAGCUGCUGGAGAUAGUGCAACAGAUCAAGAUGAGAAUGGGUGGGUUAAUGGACUUUGAAGACUUCACUGAACUGAUGGGACCCAGAAUGAUGGGAGAGACUGCUGACAUGCUGGGGCUCAAAGAGCUCCAAUCAGCCUUUGUCCAGUUUGAUGUAGACGGAGAUGGAAAGAUCAACCAGGAGGAGAUGAAGGAGGCAGUCAAGAGUCUGUUGGGGGAGAAGCUGAAGAAAGGAGAGCUGGAGGAGAUCCUAAAGGAGCUGGAUGUUAACGCAGAUGGAGACAUCGACUUUGAAGAGUUUGUGAUGAUGCUCUCCAUUCGUUAGCAGCUGGAAAGACCGACAACAUGAACAGAACACACUACUGUGUCUGAAUCAUUCCAGAGAUAGUUAAUACAUCUAUGAUCCAAUAUUCAUAAUUUGGUGAGCUAUGAUGGUAAUGUAGGUGAAGACUUUGACAACAUGUGUGCCUAACUCUGCAAUAAUUGUAUGAAUGAUGAAUGUUGAAGAAGCAGUAAUGAUGGUGUGUGACAUCAAAUAUAGUGCAUGCUGUCAACGGUGUUGGUAGAUACAUGAACUUUAUGCUGUUAUGUAACAUGUAAAUAUGACUGAAAUGGUUUGCUAUUCAAAUAAAGAA